UCUAUAGCUAGUGGAAACUCCUCCGUAGAGGCGCGUUUUUACGCCAAAUCACUUCCAUGCUGCCAGCACAUGAGGAGAGAGCAGAGACGAUCAGCUCACACCAAAGACUUUUACACCAACUCUCCCACCUUCAGACAGCACAAUGGCAGAAGAAAAUAUCUCAAUAGAAGAUGUAAAGACGUCCAACGGUGAAGCGCACCAGGACAACCCGACCAUCGCCAACGGCUUGGGCGAUCACAAGAGGAGCGAGCCGGAGAGCAGAGGGCAGAAGCUGAAACGCUUCGCCAUGGCCAAUCUACUGGUCAUCCUGACGGUGUCCGCGGUCAUCGUCGGCGUGUUCAUCGGGCUCGGCGUGCGAAGCGCCGGGUUGAGCCGCACGCAGAUCCUUUACUUCGGAUUCCCCGGUGAGCUCCUCAUCCGCCUGCUCAAGAUGAUCAUCAUUCCUCUGGUGGUCUGCAGUCUGGUGUCAGGGGCUGCCAGCCUUGACCCCAAAGCCCUGGGCAAGCUGGGCGGCUGGGCGAUGCUCUUCUUUCUGGUGACCACUCUGAUCGCGUCUGCCAUCGGCGUUAUUAUGGCGUUCAUCAUUCAGCCUGGCUCCAGCGACGGCCAAAAAAUAUCCAACCUCAACCAGGAUGACACGGAGAUUCCUGAAGCCAAAGAAGUCAUCGAUUCGUUUUUAGACUUGAUAAGAAACAUCUUCCCGCCGAACCUGGUAGCAGCUGCAUUUCAGUCGUAUGCCACUGGUUACAAGAUUAAAAAUAUUACCAGCUCGACCAACUUGACCACCUUCACUGUGGAAAAGACUCCAGUUGGCACAGAAGUGGAUGGAAUGAACAUCCUGGGUCUCAUCGUUUUUGCCAUGGCGUUUGGUGUGGCCUUGAGGAAACUUGGAGAGGAAGGAGAGAUCCUUAUCAAGUUCUUCAACUCUUUCAAUGAGGCCACCAUGGUGUUGGUCUCCUGGAUCAUGUGGUAUGCACCACUGGGUAUUAUGUUCCUGGUUGCUGCUAAGAUUGUAGAAAUGGAGGAUGUUGGCUUGCUGUUCGCCAGCCUGGGGAAGUACAUCGCCUGCUGCGUCAUUGGCCAUGCCAUCCAUGGUCUCCUUGUCCUCCCGCUCAUUUACUUUGUAAUUACACGGAAAAACCCAUACACUUUCUUGCUGGGAUUGGUCACCGCUUUGGCCACUGCCUUUGGAACGUCCUCUAGCUCUGCCACGUUGCCCCUUAUGAUGAAAUGUGUGGAGGAGAACAACGGUGUGUCCAAGCACAUCAGCCGCUUCAUCCUGCCCAUCGGAGCGACCGUCAACAUGGACGGAGCCGCCUGCUUCCAGUGCGUAGCUGCGGUGUUCAUCGCUCAGCUGAACGGAAUCCCACUGAACUUCGUCCAGGUCAUCACCAUCCUUGUCACUGCGACGGCGUCUAGCGUGGGUGCUGCUGGGAUCCCUGCUGGAGGGGUGCUGACGCUGGCCAUCAUUUUGGAGUCAAUAGGCCUGCCCACCAACGAUCUGUCCCUCAUCUUGGCUGUGGACUGGCUUGUCGACCGCACUUGCACGGUCAUCAAUGUUGAAGGCGACGCCUACGGAGCAGGUCUUCUGCAGUAUUUCGUGGACCGCACUUCCAGUAAAGAGGGGGCGGAGCUAAAUAAAGUGCGAGUGGAGGAAGAAGACCCCGUUUCCAGGCCAGAAAGUUCUCCGCUCAUCGAAAAACAGGGAAACCUUGAAUUGGAAGAGGUCGCUGGCCCGAAACACUGUGAAAAGGAGUCCGCCAUGUAGACUUGCACAAUAUUUCAACAAACUUUCCUUCCCGACCUGUCUGAUCUCACUAAAUCAAUCUCUGCAUCCACACAGUGACCAUGAGAGAGAUACAGGUUUAGAUUAAGACAGGACAAAGACUACAUCCUUUUGACCCUCCUCUAUGCCCAGCUCUUUAUGAAAGGAGUCUGCCAAAACGUAUGCACAUUUAGAUGGAAAAAUGCUUGAACAAUUAUUUAUUAGAUGCUGGUCAGACAUUUUGGAUUUUUUCUCUUUUUUUAUAUUUGCUUUACUCCUUUUAUAAAAAAAAAAAAA